UGUGUUUGUGUGUGUGCUGCUUGUGUUUGUAUGUGUGCGUGCGUGCGUGUGACAGCAGCAACAACAAAAGCAUUGGGCUUGCAAUCAACGGGAUCGCCAUCACUUGACGUCGCGGUCGCGGUCGCAGUCGACGUUGUUGGCUCUGUUAAUUUUUGUAUAUGUUAAAUAAAUCUGAUAAAGAAAAUGAAAUUAAAUGAAAUACAAAUAAUCAAUUAAAGUGCAGUUGCUGUUGCCCCAAUUGGCGUUUCUUGUGUUUUUCGUUUCGCUUCUUACUGCUGCCACGAAUAAACCAUUAAAGUAAAAUAGAAAAGUACAAAAAAAAAAUCGUAAAAGAAAUUAUUAUCUGGUUGCGUGUUGUUGUAUUUGUCUUUGUUUGCGUUUUUAGUCCCGUGCAUUGUGCUGCUUCCUGCUCUCGCUCUUACACACACACACAUACAGUCGCGCGCGCUUCUCUUGUUGUUGAUUUAUGCAUGUGUGUGUGUGUUGCUAACGGUUAUUGUCGAGCGUUUUUCGCCACAAGUUCUUAUCAGCGCGGCGCAACGGCAACGGCUGCGAGUUCAAGUUCGUCGCCGUCUGCGACAACAAAAACAACAACAACAACAGGAAUAACAAUAACUACAACGAGAACAGCAGCAGCCGCUGCAGCAAUAGCAGCAGCAGCCGCCGCAGCUACGACAAUUACAACUACAGCGACAAUAAGAAACGUGACUAAUGCACUGCUCGCGUAGUCUCUCAGCUGCCGCGGAUACAACAACAUUCUUCAGCGCAGCGACUGCGGCGUCGGCGUCCGCAUCGGCCUCCUCUGCCAGCACAACACCGACAAUGGCCACAACAACAACAGCAACAAAUGCUAAAGAUGGCGUCACAAUGCGGGAGAAAAAAGGCGGCGCCCUGCAGAAGCUCAAGAAGAGGCUGUCGCACAGCUUUGGCAGAUUAACUAUUUCCCGCGAGGAUGGCGACGAUUCGACACAUCAUCAUCAUCAUCAUAAUCAUCAUCGCGGCGGCGGCGCCCAUCAUAAUCACGGUAAUAAAGUUCCAUUCAAUGGCUACAACUCGGAGGAGUAUCUGGAUCGCCUCGAGCCCAAUGGCAAUAUACCCGCUGACAAAACAAAUUGCAGAUAUGGCGCACAAGAAUCUGCGAAAAAUGAUAAUAAUAAACCACAAGACUGGCGCAGCACGGACAGCACCGACCAUCAUGAUCGCGUACAGCGACAAUUGUCGGUCUCGUCGGACAGCAAGCUGCUGGAUGAUGAUAUCAGGGAGGAGAUGAAGUACCAUUCGCAUGUCGUCAUGCGACCCAAGAAGCCGCCCAGACCCAAGUCCGAAGUCUUUCUCAACAAACAGGAUCCGCAUCCGCGACGAAAACGUUUCAGUGCAUUUGGGGGCGACUCACCCUUCGGCAAGCAGGAGGCCUAUGUUAAGCUGGAACCGCUCGGCGAGGGCUCCUAUGCGACAGUCUACAAAGGAUUUAGCAAAUUAACCUACCAGCGCGUUGCACUGAAGGAGAUCCGGCUGCAGGAGGAGGAGGGCGCACCAUUCACGGCCAUACGGGAGGCGUCGCUGCUAAAAGAACUGAAACACAGCAACAUUGUGACCCUGCACGACAUCGUGCACACCCGCGAGACGUUGACCUUUGUCUUUGAAUAUGUGAAUACCGAUCUAUCGCAAUAUAUGGAAAAGCAUCCGGGUGGGUUGGACCAUCGCAACGUGCGCCUGUUCCUUUUCCAGCUCCUGCGCGGCCUCUCCUACUGCCACAAGCGACGCGUCCUGCAUCGCGAUGUCAAGCCGCAGAAUCUGCUAAUCAGCGACUGCGGCGAACUGAAGCUGGCCGACUUCGGCCUGGCCCGUGCCAAGAGCGUGCCCAGCCAUACGUAUUCCCAUGAAGUGGUUACGUUAUGGUACCGUCCACCAGAUGUUCUGCUGGGCAGCACGGAGUACUCGACGUCGCUGGACAUGUGGGGCGUUGGCUGCAUAUUUGUGGAGAUGGUGACUGGUAUGCCAACGUUUCCGGGCAUACGUGAUACAUACGAUCAGCUGGACAAGAUAUUCAAAUUGCUUGGCACGCCCACCGAGGACACGUGGCAGGGCGUCACACAUUUUCCCGGCUAUAAACCACACAAGCUGGGUUUCUAUCGACCACGAAAACUGGGUCACAAUUUUCCACGGCUGUACGAUAUCAUCGAGGGCGAGACGAUAGCGAACGCGUUCCUCCAGCUCAAUCCCGAGCAGCGCAUCGGCGCCGACGACGCACUGCAUCAUCCCUACUUUGCGCAAUUGCCAAAGAAACUCUACGAAUUGCCAGACGAAACCUCAAUUUUCACCGUGGAAGGCGUGCAGCUGCAUACGGAACCGAAUCGACAGAAUAAAUGAAAAUUAAAGCAGGUCCUCUCAGUGGAUGGCGUACGUUUCUAUUGUUAGACCCAACUAUUAGCCCUAUUAACAGCAAACAACAAACAACAAACCACAAACAACAACAACAGCCCAGCUAAACAACCCACAAUACAACCCAGCAAACAACUCAAGCAACAAACAACAAACAAACAACAAGCAAACAAACAGCAAUUGGCAGCCAUCAAAGUCGCGCGUCUUAAACCAUAAUUUGUCCAAUAAUCAGUGCGAGUGAGAUAGAGACAAAGAGUGUGAGUGGGAGUGUGAGUGAGUGUGUGAGAGAGACAGCAGCAUUUCAGUCAAAUAUAUACAUAUGUAUAUCGUGCCUGGGCAUAUAUUAGUUACGUUUAGUUAGGCUACAUUCACGUCAUCUUUUAUAAGGAUACUCAGAGUUUAGUCAAAUGUUUGCUUUGCCGCUGACUUUUUCUUAU